UUUUCAAUGAAGGGUAUACGACAGGGGUACGGUCGGGUACCUUUCCUGUCUAAAUGGUAUACAAAAGGAUAAGGGGUUAGACCUCGGGGCGGAGCCUCCCCGUAUAAAACAUUGUGGAGUACUCCCCCUGGGGGAUUUCUACUCAGCCCUCUCCACUUUUCGCGAUCAAUUCAUUGUCGCUUUAUUCUUUCUAGAUAUGAUGGACGCUAUGAAGAGAAUAGUUGUAAUGACUGGUGUUCUGGAGACGGAGGAGCGCAAUAUGCUUUCCGUAGCCUACAAGAACGUCAUCGGGGCCAGAAGGGCCGCGUGGAGAAUAUUCUCUGGUUUGGAACAGAAACAUGACGAUAACGCCAAAAACAAGAAACUAGUGAGCGACUACAGAGACAAGAUAGAGAAGGAAAUAGAAGAGAUAUCCAAUGGGAUCUUGCAACUUUUAGAUGACCAUUUGAUCAAACACGCCGAGACGGACGAAUCCAAAGUGUUUUUCCACAAAAUGAAGGGCGACUACUACCGCUACUUAACCGAGAUACUGCAAGGAGACCGCCGCAAAGAGCCUGCAGAUAACGCACUACAAGCCUACCAGGCGGCUGAGGAGGCCGCCUCAAAGUUACAAUCAACGCAUCCGAUACGACUGGGCCUGGCGCUUAACUUCUCUGUGUUCUACUACGAGAUCCUCGAUUCCCCAGAUAAGGCCUGUAAAUUGGCGAAGGCAGCCUUUGACGAUGCCGUAAAUGAGCUGGAUCCUAGUGGGAACGAGAGCCAGUAUAAGGAGAGCACGUUGAUAAUGCAGCUUCUUAGAGAUAAUUUGACGCUCUGGACUGCAGAAAUGCAGGAAGGUGGCGAGGAUGACUGAGUCAUCGACACCCUUCAAAUCAGCAAGGCCUAGUUGUUUGAAAAUAACGAUAAUAAUAGUGAUGAUAAGUAGCGUAAGAUAAGAAAUUAGGGAUUCUAAAUAAAUCGAGGUUCAUGAA